AUGGCCAGUAAGAUUGCAAGGGCGGCUGCUUCAUCAGCAAAGAAAAAACCAUGGAAACACUAUAGGAAAUGGGAUGAAGGGGCCAGAGCAUCUCUACCUGAACACUACCAGGAAAGACAUAAGGACCUCAGUAGGGAACCACCCAAACCUGUACAUGAUCUGCCUCCAACGGAUAAAUACUGGUAUAAUGAAAGCUCAGGAAAAGUAUUUAAAACAGUGUACCAGCCAAUACUUACAAAGCAAACCAAGGACCGCAAUAAGGGUCUAUGGGGAGGAGAGAACAUUAUAGAAGGGUACACAAAAAAGAAUCCCAUCAGGAGAAGAGUUCCACACUUCUGGAUACCUCGACUACAAAAGAGGCCACUGUACAGUGAGAUUCUCGAUCGCUGGAUGGAGAUAACUGUGACCUUACGUACACUUGAUCUGAUUGAUGAUGCAUAUGGGUUCGACCAUUACAUUCUAGGGACUCACGAGCGUGACCUCCAAUCCCAGCUGGGUAAGGACCUCAAGAGGGAGAUGAUCCAAGCACUCGUCAACAAAACUCUCUACCCCCAGGAUGAGGAAAAACGGGAAAAAAUAUACAAACGUUACCAGAAAUAUAUUGAAGGAAUAACGCCAGAGGAAGCAGAAUGGAUCGGCCUUAGUGUGGGGAGUGCAAUUAGGAAACAAAAGAACGUAGAACGUGCACAGCAAGUACGGGAUAUGCGUCCAUUUAAAGAACUAUUCACUCGGCAGUUGGUAGAAACUCUUAAAGAUGCUGAGGAGAGAGGGGAUGUCAUAGAACCACACAAGUCUGUGAAGAAGAGCAAUUGGAUGUCAAAGAUUAACCCCUUCCAGUCUAAAGGCAGUUGA